CGUCGUCAAAAUCUUAUGUGGCAUUGACAUUAGUGUAGUUUAGUUUACAUUGACAUUAGUGACGUGCUUGAAACCAAWAAAAAAAAGCCUAUGUGACAGGGAUGAUCGGCUUUGGUUAUUUCAUUAUUUUUCACACAUUAUAGCCAUCAGACUAGCUAUAUCAAAAAUGGAUAACCAAGAAAAGAGAUUGAAGUGAUGGAGGAAAUAGCAGCCAGGAAAAGGUUGCUGUUGGGGAGACUUGAUAACUGCGGGGUCACUGAAGAGACCAAAAAGAAAGGAUGGGCGAGAGUGGCGGAGUCUGUCUCUGCUGUCGGGGGUAUGGCAAGGGACAGUGACACCGUAAAAAAAGAAGUGGUCCGACAUCAAGUAGGCUGCUAAGAAGGGUGCUGAGAGACCAUUCAUGUGGACCAGCUGGAGGAGAAGGUGUCGUCCAUCAUAGAUGGUGGUAGAUGGACUGCGCGACCGAGGGAAGAUGAGUCAACGUGAGCAGCAGGAUGAAGUCCCAGCAUACCUCAAAGAUGAGCCUUCAGCAGACAUCAACAAGGAUCACCCCGCGCCCCAGCCAGGCAUGUUCUCCAGAGUGACCGGCGGCCUCUUCAGUGUCACUAAAGGUGCCGUGGGAGCCACUGUGGGUGGGGUGGCCUGGAUAGGAGGGAAGAGCUUCGACCUGACCAAGACCGCUGUCACCUCGGUGGCCGCUGUACCCGGCAUCGGGGUGGGGCUGGUGAAAGGAGGGGUGUGUGCUGUAGCAGGAGGCGUGUCCGCAGUAGGCUCAGCGGUAGCCAGUAAAGUUCCUAUUGGAGGGGGCAAGAAAAAGGACAAGUCUGAUUGAGGAGGGGCGGAMGACAGUGCCAUUUUGGGUAUCGUGCAUGUCGUGUCUGAUCCGCCUACAGUCUGGAGGGCUACGGAGGAAUCCAACAAUGUCGUGUGUAUUCACUUUUCAUGGAGGGCUCGACACUGAUUCACGAGUGUCUAUGGACCACUCCCAUAUUAUGUGGCCUGGCCACUGAGGGCGAGAUAAAAUACGGGGUUUUCUGUUUAGCAGUGCAGGGGCCACCCCACCCAUCUUUGUCUGUAAUAUAAACCAGUGCCUCAAACUGUUGAAAUAUGAAAUGACUGACUGAAUGUUGUAUUUAUUGUAGAUCGAAGCCAACCAAGAAAACAUUAGGCCUAUUUUAUUGCGUAAUAUUUGUUCCAUCUCUCGGCCACUGUUGAAGAAACAUGCCGUGAAGAUUUUUACCAUGUUUAGGCGCUGUUCAUGUUCAUUGCUGUGUUUGUUGAAAACUUGAACGUCACCUGGCAGUCAGACAAUCCGUGAUCAAUGACUAGCCCGGCACCUCUGACAGAAAAUAAAGAGGAGCUCAUGGGGGGGGUUUGGUACUGGGCCUGCACAGGGGGGUUUACCACCGUGAUCCCCGGGCUGUGGCGGGGUUCAGAUUGAAGAAGCCAGCACCGGGCUGUUCCAACAACCGAGGCAGCGCCUUGUAGCAAAAGGCGUCGGUAAUGGUGAGGAGUUGAUGGCUCCACUCCAUCUCUUUGAUUGAUUCUGUUUCUGAGAUUACUGACUCUGCCUCUGGGGCCCAGCAGCCCAGCUUUGGUGCCCUCUCCCACAACAACACUCAUCACUCUCCCUCUGCUCCCUGAGAAUUACCGUGGCACUCUGGGAUUUUAAUGCUGCCUGCCAGGGCUAUAGGGGACUAAACACUCUGCUCAGGAAGUCAAUGUUCCUGGCUAGAUGUUUAUGCUUGUGGAAAUUGUUUUCAUUUUUCCCCUUCUGCUGUUAAGUAUAUGAUUUGAAUCUCAAACUCCCCGUUCAAGAUGUGAUGGGGAUUUUUUUUUCAUUCCGGGGGGAUUUCUUUUUUCAUCCACCAGGGAAAUUCUCUAAAGGGGACAUUUUCCAUUAAAAUGUUUCUUCUGAGAGUUCUCUCUGGUGCGAGUAAUGUACUCAUGUUUUUCAAUGACAGAGUAGUUUUAGGAUGCGUUUACCCUUUAAUGGUAUGGAAUUAAUGUUUUCACUGAUGCUGCGCUGAAUCACAGAGCUCUGUCACUGCCCUUUCUCUCGCUUUCUUUUGUUCUUUCACUUUACAACAAGGUGCCUUAUUCCAACACGAUAGCCUGAACUACUUGUAGUCCACAUACACUGCGUGUACAAUACAUUAAGGACACCUGCUCUUUCCUUGACAUAGCUUUCACCUGGUCAGUCUGAUCCMUUAUUGAUGUCACCUGUAA